GCUGAUGACGGUGCGGGCGGAAGUGCGUGGCGCGGCCAUGGCGGGAGGGAUGAAACCAGCUCCGGGGCGGUGGCGGUUCCUGGGGACCCUGGUGCUGCUGGCGCUGGUGGGGGGCGCGGGCGUAUGCGCAUGCGCAGCAGGUGCUGAGAAGUCGGUGAUCCAACUUGAAGAAGGGCAUGUGCACCAUCUGAUGUUCCCGCGGCAGUUCUGCUACACCAACGCAGUGACCCCAAAAUGGCACGACAUCUGGACCCGGAUGCAGAUCCGAGUCGUCAGCAACAAGAUGAUCCGUGUCACCCAGGUGGAAAAUGAGGAGAAGCUGAAAGAGUUGGAGGAGUUCAACAUGUGGAACUUCUUCUUCUCCCUCUUGAAAGAGAAGCUGAACGACACCUACAUCCCAGUGGAUCUCUACAGCGAGAAAACCUGCCUGAAAGUAGAGUUACUAGAGACAAACACCACCUACAGCGUCAUCCUCUUCCGGUGGUUUGACCCCAUGCUCUGCCUGCUUUCCGGCCUGGGCCUGGGUCUGGUUUUCUGCGGGGAUUUGCUGAGCAGGAGUCAGCUCUUCCACUACUCAGCUGGGAUAAGCAUCGGCAUGCUGGCCUCGCUGCUGAUCCUCAUCUACAUGAUGGCCAAGGUGAUGCCCAAGAAAAGUCCCAUCUACUUCAUCCUAGUGGGAGGCUGGUCCUUCUCCCUCUACCUCAUCCAGCUGGUCUUCAGAAACUUACGAGAGAUCUGCAAGUCGUACUGGCAAUAUCUCCUGGGCUACGUGCUGCUGGUGGGCUUUGCCAGCUUCGCCGUCUGCUACCGGUACGGCCCGCUGGAGAACGAGCGCAACAUCAACCUGCUGACCUGGAGCUUGCAGCUCCUAGGUCUGCUGCUCAUAUACUUGGGCAUCCAAAUCCGGCCCAUUGCCCUGGCGCUGAUUGCCAUUGCCGUCUGCACCAAGAACCUGGAGUACCCUGUCCAGUGGCUCUCUGCUGCCUACAGGAAGGUGCAGAAAGCCACAGCGAAGCCAAGCCCCCCUCGCCUGCUGACCGAGGAGGAGUACCGGCUCCAGGGGGAGCUGGAGACGCGCAGGGCCCUGGAGGAGCUGCGCGGAUACUGCAGCAGCCCAGAGUUCUCUGCCUGGACUGUGGUUUCCCGCAUCCAGUCUCCGAAGAGGUUUGCCGACUUUGUGGGCGGCGCCUCCCACCUCACCCCGAACGAGGUCUCUGUCCACGAGCAGGAGUACGGGCUGGGGGGCCUGUUUGUGGAGGACCAGCUCUUUGAGGAAGACGAAGACGACUCCUUCGAAGGGGAGGGUCAUGCGGGGUUCUCCGUGUCCCGGAACCACCUGGGCUCCGAGUGAGGGAGUCGUGUGGAUGGAUUUGGUGGUGGAGCUGCGGCGGCACCCUGCCGGCGUGGGGUACAAUCACUGCUCUCCGAGCGUCCCCAUGAGCGCGCGCGCGCGCGCGCGUGUGUGUGUGUGUGUGUAUAAAGCCCAGUCUGUCUGUGUGAGUGCACCAGAGCCAGCCAGGCUGGCAGCGCCUCCAGCUGGAGCCAGUGACAUGGGCAGUCAGGGGAUUGAACUCCACCCAUCUAACCUGGCAGCACUUUGCCCUCUGGCUGGCACCAGACCUGGUCCCUCUCCUGUUGUACGGCUCUUGUCCUUUUCCCAGCUUUCCGCAGCGGGGGAGAUGCCGAAGGAGGGGCAGAGAAGGGGUGUUCUGGGGGCACUUCCCUUCUGGGGAAUCCACACGUUGCUUUGCAGCUUGCCAGCAGAGCUUCCCGCAGCCCUGUAUGGGGCAGAGAGGAAUAGGGGCUGCUUGUCUGAGUCACCCCCAGCCUGACUUCAGUUGGACUGGGAAAGCCCCCCCCUCCAGCCUUCCCAAACCCGAGCAGGGUCUCUGUGGGGUAGGAGGGCUCUGCACAGGCCUGUUGUCUGUAGGGCACAGUGUCCACAUGGGACUCGUGCUGCCCAUAAUGCGGGGUGAAUCGCCCCCUGUCUCCUGCUUGCAGCGCUCCGGGCCUUGUUCAGCCACAGAGACCAUUUCAUUCUCCCGCUCCCCUGGGUCUCAGCUGCAGGGGAGGUGGGCAGCACCCGGGUGAUGGCAGGGCGAUGGUGAUGAGCAGCUGGCAUGCCUACAGGCUGCAAGAGCGCUCAGCCCGCUGCCUGUAGCAGGGUGGGUUUCCUGGGGCGCAGGGGUCCCUCGCCUCAGGUGCUGAGCUGAGCCCAACUGCAGAACUCAGCCCCUUUUCUCUGUGCAUCCUGUCCCCAGCAGGAAAAAUAACCCCACUUUCCACUGGCCCCUGCCCCCACCUCACUGUCCUGUGACUACGGCUCCUGGACUGCUGCCCCCUGCUGGCUGUCAGCGGGCUGGGGUGUUAGCUGGUUUGCAGGCUGGCAUGGGGGUGGUGGGAAGAGGCUGGCUGCCUGUGGGGACAGCAACUUGAUCUCUUCCUCCCCGCACUGGGAGCUGGCUUUGUUUGCACAAGAGGAGAACUUUAGACUUGCUGUAGUGACAGGUGCGUGCAGGGCAGCUGACUUCCCCUCCUCCUGCAAGGAAGGGCUGCCAGCUCCCCGCCCAGUAAUGGGUACAGGGGCAGGAACGGCUUCCGUUCGUACGAACGCCAAAGAGACCGGAGGCCUCGCGGCGGUCAGCCCUUGGAGCCCCCCUGGCUCCCCAAAGGGGCUGAGCGGAGGGGCGCCGUACGGUUACAGGCACGGCAGGAGCCAGCGAGAGUGGCACAUGGAGAGGCGGCUGGGCCUGCACUGCCAACCCCUCCCCACAGUCUCCUGGUGCAGAACUUUAUUUGGUCUGGGCUGUGCCCCUGCAGCCGGUGGCUGGAGUGCCAGGCUGGCUUCCCUGGCGGUGCGGCCCAGGAUUGGGACCGCUAACGGCCCCACUUAGGCCCAGCAUCCUUGAGCGUCUCCCUGUGGACAUAGGGAAAACUCUGGCUUCAGGAUUUGUGUCUGAAUGUGUCUUUCUCACCUGCUUUGUUUGUGGUUCAUUUACUUACGUCCACAGUGCUUCGUAGCCAGAGACGCUUUACCCGCUUAAUGCCCGAGCGGGUGCCCUCGUCGCUACCCUGUCAGCAUCAUUCACAGGGCUCUCUGAGCCCCUAUUCUAGGCCUGACUGUUUCAGCCUUCUCUGCCUAGGGAGUCCCACGCUAAUGUGGUGCACGGCGAGGUGUCCGUGUCCCCCACAGCCUCUGGUUUGGCUCCACGUCCCCUCUAACCUGUCUGCAAGCGGCUGGGUGGCCUGGCACAUCCUGGGAUGCUCCUUCCUGACCUGCUUCCAUCUUUGCUGCUCCCUGGAGGAGUCCAGUCCCCUGAGCCAGGGAGCUAGUGCCGUUAGCCUGGGUUCCCUGCGUGCAGGGGGGAGCCUGAGCUCUGUGUGGGGCAGGAAGCCCAUGGGGGCUUGCCUGCACUGGGAAAGGGCAAGUCCCUGAAUUGGGACCUGAAGAGCAGGGAGCAGAGGGAGACGCUGGCACAACUCUCUCCAGAUCUGGCUGGGUGGAGCCUAGAUGUGGGGGGUGAACGUGACGGCAGGUGAGGGGCUGCAGCCGAGCCCGCAGCCUGGCGUUGACUAGUUCACGCCGCAGGUUCUUUACGGGAGCAAAGGCGUGUUGGGAACAGAUGGUUCUGAACCACGGGGGCAGGGACUUGGCCGUGCCUGAGGCUUUCCAUGCUGCGUAGCCCAUUCAGACGCUCGCUUCACGUUGUAGUUAAUGGGAGCUGUGGGGCGAAGGGUGGGAUUCUGAAGUUACCUGAGUGAUUCCAGCAGGGCUCGUGCGCCUAAGUCAAUUGGGUGCUUCUGAAAGUCUCCCCAGGAUCGCUGCUUUAACCCCCCCCCGGUCGCAGAGUUCUCUCUUUGUUUCCAAGAAGUUUCUCUUGGUAGCGAAACAAGCUCCUGGCCCCCAACCUCCUCACUGAACCCUGAAAACCUGCAGGUUGCUUGUGCCUUAGCACUGAGCCAGUGCAGAAAGCCGCUGAGGUGUAGAGCCACCGGGCAGGACUGUCCUGUCUCACCUGAUGUGGGUUCAUUUCAUGACAAUGGCCCUGUGUGGGGCUUGUGUGACUAUGCACAGUGUCUGGUUGUGAGCCAGAGUGAAAAUGGAAGGGGACCAGGCCUGUGUGGAACUUGGCACAUACAGGAGAGCCGGGCAUUUCCUGCUUGAGGGCUGGAACGUGCCCCAGGGCUCAGUUAACCCUUUGGAGCCUGUGGCGCUGGCGUGAGUGGGCAAGGCUGGCUGCUCGCCUGCCGUAGGUGGGGUAGGCUGCAGCUGGCCUGGAUUGCUUGUCCCCUCCACACUUCUAGCUCUGAACUCGGAGCAAACUGCGUCCCAGCCUCUUCCUCUGUCAUGGGAGGCAUGUGGGCCUGGCUGGCAUGGCCUGGCUGACAGGCCUUCUCUUAAGCACAAUGGGGGGGGCAGGGGGGAGGGUGCUCCUCAAUCUCUAUGCAACUAUCUGAGCAAUAACUGCCCUUGACUGGUGCCUCUGGGGAAAGUGCUUCCGCAGGGCCCAGAUCCUGCUCGCUCCCCAUGAAGUAAUGUUGGAGCAGCAAGCUUUUGUUGUUCAUUGUUGUGCUAGGCGCCGCUGCAAAAUAAUCAGACUGUGGGGACAUGCAUGGUCUGCAGGAGAAGCCCGUGCAAUGCAAUCGGUCUUGGCACUGCCUAUAAGCCGCAUAACUGCUGGAGGUUAUGGCCACGGUGGGCAAUUCCCAGUUUAAUUUUAAAUAUUUUUUUGUUGCUGCGCCCCUUUUAUUUCCUGCUCCCUGUUGUUGCGGAAAGCCAGCUCUCGGCACCCAGAGUUUAUUUUUCUUGCUGCUGUUAAUGCCGGUUCAGAAUUUUAAUAAAGUUUGUCUUUGUA